AUGGUGAGAUCAUGUAUUGCUUGUUCUAAUAAGGAAGGAUCAUCACAAAAUGUUUCUUUUCAUCGCCUUCUAAAAAAUACUAAUCUACGAGAAACAUGGCUUAAACGACUCAAUCGUCAUGAUUUAAAAAAAUAUUCCAACAUCGUUAUUAAUGAUAGUGGUCGAACACGAUUAAAAUCAUCUACAGUACCUGUUGAAGUUCUGUCAUUCACUAUUAAUGAUACCAGAACGAUGCAAUCAAGUUCACCAAGUACUCAAACUGAUCUUGAUAUGAGUACUUUAACUGCCAUGUUUACUAAACUAUCACUUCUUGAACAAAAAGUAUUUAACACAGUCCUGUGUAUUGAAGUUUUGAAAAUGAUGAUUAUUGUGUAAGUUAUUACACUAGUUUCAAAUCUUACAGAAUAUUUGAAAUGGUUUUUGAAUUAUUCGACGUAAGAAACAUUAUUUGAUAAAAUAUAUUUUCAUUAAUGAUUCUUUUUUUAUAGAGUUAUUUUGAUGAAUAUUUUACAAUGUACUCUACUCCAGUAGAAUGUGGUUUGCAAUAUAACAAGUUAACAGAUACAUACAAACUAUCUAAGAUGAAUCAAUUUUUUUUAUUUAUGAUACGGCUACGAAGAGGAACUGAUAUACAAGAACUGAUAAGUUGUUUUUUUAGAUAGUAUCUGUCUAAAUAUUUUUCAUUUUUAGGGAGUGUUUUUCUAUUUAUCUCAGUCCACUGUUAGCAGAAUAAUAAUAUCAUGGACUAGAUUUAUUUAUUCAGUUUUUUCUUCAAUACGCAUCUGGCAAUCUAGAGAAAAAGUACAAGACAACUUACCAUUUGAAAUGAAGAAAAAUUAUCCCGAUGUGAGGGUUAUUAUAGAUUGCACAGAGUUCGAAAUAGAGCAACCGAAGAAUCCGCAAGCGCAACAAAACACGUGGUCAAACUACAAAAACACCAACACAGCUAAAGGUAAAUGAUUUCAUGAGUUUGUUUUAUACAUCAUCCUUCACUAAGGCUUUUUAUCUUUUUAGGACUUAUUGGGAUAUCACCUAACGGAGUGAUAUCAUAUGUUUCUUCUUUAUAUUGAGGUGCCACAACUGAUCAAGCACUUUUGAACAUGGAAGGACCUGGCAGUUUAAUCGAACUUCUAGAAAAUGGAGAUCAAAUCAUGUCCGAUCGUGGCUUUUCAUUGAAACGUAAAUUUUCUCAUCUCACAUUAAUACAUUCACCAUUUCUUGAACGACAACCACAACUCUUGAGGGUGGGUGGGUGUGGGUGGUGUAGGUGUGGGUAUGGGUGUGUGCAUGUGAGUAUGGGUGUCUCUUCUUCAUUCACACCCACAUCCCUUGAGAGUCUAUAGAUACUAUCAUAUAAUAGACCUUUACAACAUAUGAGAUCCCCAUAUAGUAGUUCUUGAGGACCAACGGGUACCCUUAUGUAAUAGGAUUUGAGAGUCUAAGGGUAUCUUCAAAAUACAGAGAUUGAGGACUCAAGGUACCCUAAAGAAUUCUUUGUGCUCUGAGAUAGAUUGAAAGUAGUACCCUGUAGAGAAAUAAAUAACCAUGCAAGCACAGUCAAUUUUCAGAUUAGCGCCCUGACUAUAGUCAAGGGAAUAUUCGUACCCAGGAUUGAGAAGAUUCAAUAGAGAUCCAUAGAAUUCGUGACUUUGACAAUUCGCUCUUUUCCACUUUGCAGAAAUCUAUUUCCUUCAGUGUCGCAGUAUAGAUGCUUAGAAGACUUAUUCCACACAUACACA